CAGCAGACUGUCAGAAUCAUGCACGUCGAUCAGAUGUUUCCCACAUUAGCAAAAGGACGUGAUCUUCGCCUCACUCGGAGGGUCCACAUAUUUCGAGACAAAUCUUACCUGCAUAUCAUAUCGGGUCAUAUUAGGUCAAAGUUUAGAUGACAUAUGCCGCCGUCAUGGGCUGGAAGUGGGUGUGACCAUUUCUUGCCCACUUUUCUGGUCACGAUUCAUGAACCAUGUUUCCCAACUAAGAGAAAGUAGAACAUUUGAAUCCAUCCGUCCGUAUUUUUGGCCACCCAUUAUCGACUACGAGGAGUAAGAGUGUCCCCUCGUUGUUCUCGUCGUCAUGAUGAAACCCGGUGUAAAGGAGACGUUGUGACACUUAUUAGUAAAAGAAUCAGUGUAGUGUUAUUAGGAAUGGAGAAUCACCACAAUAAGGGAGGUGGUGGUGGGGGUAGCAGUGGGGGCGGAAGUGGUGGACAUUCCACCGACAAUGUUAAUGCCAUGUCUUUCUGGAAGAAGAAUAGUAAAACGGUGCCUGGAAGGCCAAGUCCACACAAGGAGAGCUUGACCUGGACGAGUAAAGUGAAGGGAGGAGGGCCCUCGUCGUUCCAAGAUUUCCAAGACAGUGUCCGUGAUGCGUGGGACAUUGAAGAUGACGAGUUCAGCGUGAUGACGUCGGAAAUUCGAAUUAGCAAAAAGGUUUCUCAGUCUGCAGCACUAAAUGUGAUAAAUAGUCAUCGAAUCGGAGGAAAUUCUUUCACCACGCAGCCCGCAGUUCAUCAAAACCAUCUCAUCUCAGGAGAUGAUAAAGUUGUCGCCAGUGACACGGUUAUCCUAGUGGAAGAUAAGGAGGAAGGUCGGCAGCAGAUUCCCAAGUUACAGUUAGAAGGACAAAUUCAACCAUUGAAUCCAUCCCUUGUCGUCCGAACUUCCAUAUCUGACAAUGACUUUAGUCCCCCGUCCUCGGCCAAGUUGCCAAAAUCAGUGUCCGGGAAGCCAAAAGUUAUUACGAGGACGGAAACUGAAGGUGAGAGAGCCAAAGCAGACAAAAUUCGCAAUUUACUCGAGGGUCCAAACAGUACAGAUCUGAAAGCCUUACAAUCCCUUAGCUACUCCGGGCUUCCUUGUUCAGUACGUGGCACGACGUGGCAAAUUCUUGCGGGUUAUCUCCCAGCCAACAUGGAGCGACGGAAACAAGUCUUGGAACGAAAACGGGAAGAAUAUUGGAAUUGUGUGCAGCAAUAUUACGAUUCCAGAAAGGAUGAAGCUCAUCAAGACACGUUUCGUCAGAUUCAUAUCGAUAUUCCAAGAAUGUGCCCACUAAUUUCUCUCUUUCAACAAACCGUUGUUCAAGAAAUAUUCGAAAGGAUUUUGUUUAUCUGGGCCAUCCGUCACCCGGCGUCUGGCUAUGUGCAAGGCAUGAACGAUCUGGUGACCCCAUUUUUCGUCGUCUUUCUCGAGCAAGUGUUACCCCCUUCUGUCGAAGUUGAAACAUUUGAAGUCGGAAACCUCCCACAAGAAGAACGAAACAACAUCGAGGCGGAUUCAUACUGGUGCAUGUCCAAAUUUUUAGAUAGUAUUCAAGUAAAUUAUAUUUUCGCCCAGACCGGAAUUCAGGAAAAAGUUAAGAAGCUUAAAGAGCUCACGGAACGGAUUGACUCCGAUUUACACAUCCACCUUCAACGCCACGAGAUCGACUACCUCCAAUUCUCCUUCCGCUGGAUGAAUAAUCUCCUCAUGCGAGAGUUGCCACUCCGAUGCACCAUCAGAUUGUGGGAUACCUACCUCGCAGAGCCGGACGGGUGUGGCUCAAUUCUAAUUUAUGUUUGUGCUGCUUUCCUGGGACAUUGGAGAGAGCAGUUGCUAAGGCAAAGGGAUUUUCAGGGAUUGCUGCUCCUUCUACAAAACUUACCAACACAAAACUGGGACAGUGCAGAUAUAGGCCUAAUAGUUGCGGAAGCGUAUAGAUUGAAAUAUACCUACGACAAUGCACCCAAACAUUGGCACUAAGAGCAAGAAAAUUCUUAUAUUUAUCAAAAAUUUCAUAAUGUUUUGUACCAGCCAAGUCAGCGGUGUGGUUAUUUAAUUGUUAAAAUACAGCGCUACACUUGCCUUGAUCCAGCUUCUCCACUCCCCGUGUCCAAUUCUUCCGUUGUGAGUAUGUAUAUCGUGAACGCGUCCCUUGUUAACUAUGUAUUCCAGUCUAAUAUAACUAAUUUGUAAGUUUUGUCCAGGUUGCGUAAUAAAGUCAUAUCUCCGGAAUUAAGAGUAAUUUA